AGGCGCAGGCCCAGCCCAGCCGGCCGCGGAGCGGGUGCGGGUGAGGGCGCGGGCACAGCGGCCGUCGACCGCGCGGCCGCGCAGCGGACACCGGGCGCCCAGGCCUGAGGCGACUCGCGCGACUGGGGGAGACCACAGAACCUGAGGCCAUGUCCCAUGAAAAGAGUUUCUUGGUGUCCGGGGACAACUAUCCUCCCCCCAACCCUGGAUACCCUGGGGGGCCCCAGCCCUCCUUGCCUCCCUACCCAGGGGCCCCUUACCCACAGCCCCCGUUCCAGCCUUCCCCCUAUGGCCAGCCAGGGUAUCCCCAGGGCCCCAGCUCCUACCCCCAGGGGGGCUACCCUCAGGGUCCCUACCCCCCAGGAGGCUACCCCCAGGGCCCCUAUCCCCCAGGAGGCUACCCUCAGGGCCCCUACCCCCAAGGGGGCUACCCUCAGGGGCCGUAUCCACAGAGCCCCUUUCCCCCCAACCCCUAUGGACAACCACAGGCCUUCCCGGCACAGGAUUCUGGCUCACCUCAGCAUGGGAACUAUCACGAGGAGGGUCCCCCAUCUUACUAUGACAACCAGGACUUCCCUGCCACCAACUGGGAUGACAAGAGCAUCCGGCAGGCCUUCAUCCGGAAGGUGUUCCUGGUGCUGACCCUGCAGCUGUCCGUGACUCUGUCCACCGUGGCCGUGUUCACCUUCGUCGGGGAGGUGAAGGGCUUUGUCCGGGAGAACGUCUGGACCUACUACGUCUCCUACGCCGUCUUCUUCAUCUCCCUCAUUGUCCUCAGCUGCUGUGGGGACUUCCGGCGAAAGCACCCCUGGAACCUCGUUGCACUGUCGAUCCUGACCGUCAGCCUGUCCUACAUGGUGGGCAUGAUCGCCAGCUUCUACAAUACUGAGGCGGUCAUCAUGGCCGUAGGCAUCACCACGACCGUCUGCUUCACGGUGGUCAUCUUCUCCAUGCAGACCCGCUACGACUUCACCUCGUGCAUGGGCGUGCUCCUGGUGAGCAUGGUGGUGCUCGUCGUCUUCGCCAUCCUCUGCAUCUUUGUCCGGAACCGCAUCCUGGAGAUCGUGUACGCCUCGCUCGGCGCUCUGCUCUUCACCUGCUUCCUGGCAGUGGACACCCAGCUGCUGCUGGGGAACAAGCAGCUGUCCCUGAGCCCGGAGGAGUACGUGUUUGCCGCGCUGAACCUGUACACGGACAUCAUCAACAUCUUCCUGUACAUCCUGACCCUCAUCGGCCGUGCCAAGGAGUAGCCCGAGCGCCUGGCACAUGCGGGGCCCCACUCAGGUGGCAUGGCUGGCCUGGACCCUGCCCCCAGCGUGGCAGUUCCCCUGUACCUCCCCUCUCUCAUCCCUGUGCGCAGCCUGGGACAGAGGGAGCUCCUCUCCAACCCUCCUGUGUGUGUAC